CGCCGGUCGAUAGCAUGUGUUGUUGAAGAGCGAAGAGAACGCGUGUUGCGUCCCGACCGUCACCAUUCGUCGGCUAUAAGUGGCGCGAGUCGUGCCACGCGAUCCCAUUGGCCCACAUCGUCUCAGCUGAGGUUCAGUGCUACUAUCGGCCGUUCUCGUACCACAUCACGCCUGGGAUUCCGGCGGUUUCGAUCGUCACCGAGACGUUCCACCUGCGAUCACAGACAGUCCGGAUGUUAGAGGGAAAAAAGGAAAGAAGGAAAGAGGGGAGGAAAGAGAGAGAGAGAGAGAGGGAGAGAAACGAACAAGACUGAUGAUACGAAAGUGACGGUCAGUUGGUAGGGGAAUCCGUUCUACCGUAGAUCUCGAAAGUGCGAAGCGCAUCUCGUUCAAGUUCUCACCUAUCACGUUUCACAGAGACCGGACACUCUCGAUCUUUCGUGGUGGUCGAAAUUAUCAGAUCCAAAGAAUUGGUAUUCGUACAGUAAUAGCUAAACGGAAGAUCGUUACGUUGCUUUGAUUCCGUUUGCUCGGCAUUGCGACGAAAUCGAGCGCAGCGAAGUUCGAUCGGGCCGAGUCCACGAUUUUAACGAUCGUCAGCGCACUCAACAGAUAAGAGCGCUCUCUAAGCAGAAAUGGCACCGAAUACAUCUCUCACACCGACAGGAGUGCUUUUCGAGGGCGAGACCCUGGCCGAGCCGCAACUGAUCGACGUAUCGAAGGAGAAGCCCAAAUAUGUCAGACGCAUCGUCUGGAGGAACGUCUUGGCUUUCUCGUAUCUACACAUCGCGAGCCUCUACGGACUGUACCUCGCAUUCACAUCGGCCAAAUGGGCGACCGUCUUUUUCGCGAUCCUGUUGUAUCAGAGCACCGCCUUAGGAAUUACAGCCGGUGCUCACAGACUAUGGGCGCACAGAUCUUACAAGGCCAAGUGGCCGCUCCAGUUGUUCCUCAUGAUCAUGAACACCAUAGCUUUCCAGGACGCCGCGAUCGACUGGGCCAGAGACCACAGGGUUCACCACAAGUUUAGCGAGACCGAUGCCGAUCCGCAUAACGCCAAGAGGGGUUUCUUCUUCUCGCACGUAGGCUGGCUCCUCUGCAGGAAGCAUCCGGAUGUCAAGGAGAAGGGCAAAGGAAUUGACUUGAGUGACCUCGAGAGCGAUCCUAUUUUGGCUUUCCAGAAAAAGUAUUACACCUUUCUGAUGCCUCUGUUAUGUUUCAUCAUGCCGACCGUAAUUCCGGUAUUCUUUUGGGACGAGACCUGGUCGAACGCUUACUUCGUACCGACCAUCCUCCGCUACACCUUCACGCUAAACAUGACGUGGCUGGUGAACUCGGCAGCUCAUAUGUUCGGCAACAAACCUUACGACAAAUACAUCAAUCCGUCGGAGAACAAAGGCGUCGCAUUGAUGACCUUCGGCGAAGGCUGGCACAAUUAUCACCACGUAUUCCCGUGGGACUACAGGGCGUCCGAGUUCGGCUACAGGCUCAACUUCACCACCAUGUUUAUCGACUUUUGCGCGAAGAUCGGCUGGGUAUAUGACAUGAAGAGCGUCUCCGAGGACAUGGUGAUGAAGCGAGUGGAGAGAACGGGCGACGGCAGCCACGAGCUGUGGGGCUGGGGCGACAAGGACCAGACGCAGGAGGAGAGGGACGAGGCCGUGGUGAAGUACAAUUGCACGAAGGAUCAGUAGGGCGGUGCGCGUCGUAGGGUGUGCGUCUCUCAGGUAGAACGUAAGAGAAACAAAAAAAAACGCUUCUUAUAUUUCGUAUUCGAUGACAAGCGACGACGAGGACCACGGAUUUCAUUUAUUCCGUUUGUGCAGACUCCAAGGCGUUUCUUCUGCGAUUGAGGUAGAUAAAUAGAGAGAGAGACAGAAGGGCUGAGGCGGUUCGACCGAGCUCGUCUUCCGGGACUGUCGACACGUCGACAAGCCGACAUGUCGCGUCACUUGAUUAUCUAGCGGGUUUCACAUACACACACGCGCGCGCGCGCGCGUGCACACACACACACACACAAUAGGCGCAGGCAAAAAUCUUUCUUGAUUUGCGAGAUAAAUUAACCGUGAUUAACUAUAAGAAAGUAUUAAGAAAUUUUCCGUUUUUUCUCUUGUACACCGAUGGUAUUGCCGAGCGAAGUGUACGAUCAUCUCUUUAUUCGCUUAGUUCCUAUUUUUCACGUAUAAUGCGCUAAGUUAGUUCUCGUAAAUAUCGAUUAUUAGCUUGACAUAAUUUAUUUGUGCGAAAGAGAAACAUUUUGCGUUGCGGAGAAGGAAAGAGGGGUCCGUGGAUGCAAAGCAGAUUACGAAAGCAGGAUACAAAAUCUGUAUUGUAUAACGACACGACUAAUUAAUAGGCAAGCGUGACCAUCGGUCAGAGUAUCCUCGCUACGUGAUGUUUGCGUACUAUAUCGACUUGUAGCCAGAUUAACGACGUUACCCAGCAAAUAUCAAGUAAGAGUUUGAUAUUAUUAUCACUCGGUGUUUGUUGGGUAUCUUCUUUCCGAGACAUUUCUUUCCUGUUGUUUUACACAACGCUCGUAUCUUUACUUUUCUCCUUUUCUACCACGUUACGUUAUGUUUUCUCCCUCUACCCUCCCCCCUGUGAAGAAAUACAUCUCGAAUCAUUAUCUUAUUUCCAACCUUCUGCGAGAUCGUAUACACACUUGGUCUCCGAACGGUUUGAACGCUUCUCCCUCUCUCUCUUGAUGCAGCUUGAAACGCCGAGAAUUUCUCGAAAUCAAGUCCUCUCAUCGGACCAUCGGCUGCUCUCCGAGCUGCGAGAGGAAAGUGUUCAAACCGUAUCGAAACUAAGUAUACAAGCAAGCGUGGUGCACUUCGCGAUUCGUCGCAACGGGAGCGCAACGCCCGUCGACGUGACCGGCCAAUCGAAUCGAACGAUACUUCGCGAUACUUGUAUCGUCACAGCGACUGUUUCUAUCUACGAAGCGCCGGUGAUCGGAACGCGAUAAACCGAUGUAACGUGUGCAUUUCAAUCCUCGAAGGAUCAUCGCACAAGGUUGCUCGUGUGAACGCAAUGUAUAUGUAAUUCUAAGGACUCCUGGGAGGCGAACGUCGACGCGCUCUUUCGAGGGAAGUAUCUGUUAAAAUAAGAUAGAACUGUUCUUUACGAUAUUGUAUAGCCAAAAGGUGUCCGGCCGCUACACAUUUUUGCUAAUUGGGACAUACGUUCGGUUUGGUCACAGUUAUAUUUAGUUUGAUGUGUUGCUUUCAAUGAUUCGAUGAUUCAGGUAACAAUGAUAUAAUUAUCGAUCGCACGAUUCUGAGUUCGGCAGGUAAAUAUGCGCGUCGCGAUAGACGCCGAGAACGUAAAGUUACACGCUCCUUAGGUUGAUAAUGAUUACCAUAUGCAGGUAAUUAUUAUUAUUACUAUGUUAGAUUAGACGUUAAGAAACCGCCUAAUUGAAUAUAUUACUAUAUUAUACAAUGGAUUGUCAUAUGAAUGAUUAAAAUAAAACAUUUAAUAAAGGUAUAUUUUUAAGUAAAGAAACAUUGCAAUUCUCGCGUCUGUUUAUUCGACGUC